AGGGUAUUAAAAGGGAUCUGGGAAAGCGAAAGCAGAGUCUGAGAGCUGGAGCACAAAGUCGGGAGCUGGGCGGUGGAGGCGUGGGUCCUUCCUCCAGGAGACAGAGGAGAGCUUUGUGCGCGGGCCUCGCAGCAUCUCAGCAUCUCCGGCCGCGCGAGGCCGGCCCGGGGCCAUGCGGGGGCCGCUGCUCUCCACGCUUCUCCUGGCUGCGUUGUGGCAGUUCUGCUGCAGGGCUCAGGGCGCUGGGCUGUCAGACACAGCAGCUGAAGGAAGUCCUGGAGAGGUGGCAGAAGUGCACCAUCGUAAGCAGUUUUGUCACUGGCCCUGUCAGUGCCCCCGUCGGAAGCCCAGCUGCCCGCCUGGAGUGAGCCUGGUGAGGGAUGGCUGCGGAUGCUGUAAAAUCUGUGCCAGGCAAGCAGGGGACACCUGCAACGAAGCUGACCUCUGUGACCCCCACAAAGGGCUGUACUGUGACUACUCAGCGGACAGGCCUAGGUACGAGACCGGAGUGUGUGCAUAUCUCAUGGCUGUGGGAUGUGAGUUCAACAGGGUGCAUUAUCAGAACGGCCAGGUGUUUCAGCCCAGUCCCCUCUUCAGCUGCCUGUGCGUCAGCGGGGCCAUCGGAUGCACACCUCUGUUCAUACCAAAGCUGGCCGACAGGCACUGCGCUGGGGCUAAAGGUGGAGAGAAGACUGAUCAGUCAAAAUGUGGCCUGGGGUCCUCACAGAGACAGCUCUCAACAAGCUACAAAACAAUGCCAGCAUAUAGGAAUCUCCCACUUAUUUGGAAAAGAAAAUGUCUUGUGCAAGCAACAAAGUGGACCCCUUGCUCCAGAACAUGUGGGAUGGGAAUAUCUAACAGGGUGACCAAUGAAAACAGCAACUGUGAAAUGAGAAAAGAGAAAAGACUAUGUUACAUUCAGCCUUGUGACCGUAAUAUAUCAAAGACAGUAAAGAUUCCCAAAGGAAAAACGUGCCAACCUACUUUCCAACCCGUCAAAGCUGAAAAAUUUGUGUUUUCUGGAUGCUCAAGCACUCAGAGUUAUAGACCCACCUUCUGUGGAAUAUGCUUGGAUAAGAGAUGCUGUGUGCCUAAUAAGUCUAAAAUGAUUACCAUUCAAUUUGAUUGCCCAAAUGAAGGGUCAUUUAAAUGGAAGAUGCUGUGGAUUACAUCUUGUGUAUGUCAGAGAAACUGCAGAGAUCCAGGAGAUAUAUUUUCUGAGCUCAAGAUUCUAUAAAAUGAAGCACCAUGGGGAAAAGUUAAGGUUAAUCAUGUCAUUACAUCAAAAUUUAAAAUGGUUUUAAGAGGGUGGCAAAUUUGCCUUAUUAGUUUAAAACAGUAAGAAUGCCUGGCUGUUCUCAGAUAAUUGUAUUUAAGGCAUUACAAGCUUUAAAAAAGGUUCUCCUGAAAAUAUAUGUAAAAUAUGAAAACCUUAAAAUUGGAACUCUUAAAAUGUAUAAUUAUGUAAUGGUUCCAUCUACAUAUUCCAUGAAAUGAAAAAUUAUACAACUUACAAGAGAACAUUUUAUUCUAUAAGAUUUUCUAGAUUAAAUCUUAAACAGGAGUAAGAUUAAGCUAUAAAUAUAUUUAUUAUUUCCAUUGCCCUAUCCUGAAUAUCAAUUAAGAUUUCUUUUGGAAGGAAAAAAUGGAACUUCUUUGACCACUGUUGACAGUUAUUUAAAUUUUUAUACCAAACUGUAAAAAAUUUGAUUUCCAAGGUAAAGACCAAGAGCAGUAUACUUACUUUGAAAAGGAAAUAAAUUAAAAAAAUAACACUAAAGAAAGCACACAACAGAUUUUUUUUGGCUUGAAAAUAAAUUGUUCCUCAAAAUUACUUCCUUAAAUGGUAAGUCCAUCAGUGAAUUUGAAAUAUAUAAUAAAUUAAUGCUGAAGACUAAAACUGGAGAUUUAUAGUAAUUGGAACACUUUCACUAGACUAUUACAUUUACUGCAAAGUUUCAAAGAAAGUAUCAAACUUAGUAAUAUUCUGUUUGCUAUAUAAAUAGUGACAACCAAAACUGAUAACAAGAAAGAGUUUUAAAAUGUGGACAUUAUUACAAAAUCAACUGGUUUAAUUAAAAAAACAUUUUAUAAUAACUUAAUACAAAUACAAGUUAAUUGUAAACUGUGAUUCUUUUGAGUGCAAACAAGUGGUUACCCAAAGAAGAAAUAAAACCUCCUUAAAUUGUAAUAAAAUCUAUUCCUGAAGUUAGUGGCUAUUACAAAAGAAAUAUUUAUAUUAUGUUCUACUCUUGUAUUUACUUUUAAAGAGUCAGGAGAAUUUAAACAGACUAUGAAAACAUUAUAAAUAAAUAUAAAAAUAUCUAUACAAGAUUUUUUUAUUGCAGACAUGAUUCUCUCUGUAUAAAUGACUAAAUAUGAGACUAUAAAUAAAGUAAAAUGUUGAGCUCUGUUCUCUCAAUUUUAGAAAACAAGACUUUUUUGGAAGACAAAUGUUUGAUGUUAAGGCACUAGUACUUAGCUAAUUUCACACAACGGUAUCAACAAAUUGUAAUUAAGUGGAAACCAUUCUAAAGACAGUCUUCCCAAUAUGAAAAACACAUUAGGCCUUCUGAAUCACAAAAAUUCUGAAACAGAAAGGUAAGGGGGCAAAAAUGUGAAAUUAAAAAGAAGUUUUAUCUUUGGGGUUUCUUUUUCACAUAGCUAUGUUUAGUCUAGGUAAAUCUUCCACAGGCAUGCUUUUUGUGGCAUCCAGUUGGUUAUAUUCUUGUAUAAGUGCUGAUAAAGAUGACACGGCUUCUGUGAAACAGCUUUCCUCCAUCCCUUCAAUUUGUAGAUAGUGAUGAAGAUGAGCCUAUAAAUAAAAAACCAACGCUGACCAGUUUUAGGAAUUUAAUAGACAACUAUCCUAUAAUGUAAAAUAUUCUUAUUAAAAUGAUAGUUCACUCAGCUUUACAAGAGAAAUGAGAACCCAAAUCCUAUAAACCCAUGAGAUUUCUCAUUUAGAGUGUGAGUAAGCCUCUCCUCUUCAGUUGUAAUCAAUACACUGAUACAGCAAACAGGAUCACGCCUGAUUUAUAUUAGUGUAAUUCUUGGUAAUAUCCCUUCUGUGUGCUUAGUCGCUCAGUCGUGUAUGAGCGACUCUUUGUGACUCCAUGGACUGUAAACAGCCAAAAUAAACACACAGCUGAAAGAUGCA